AUGAUGCCUGACGAGAGUUCCCCGUCAACAGCGUCUACUUCUCCAGUAGCUCCGCGGCCCAAACCUCCAAAAACAACUACAACUACUGGAACCGUUCGUGGGCGCUCUUCUCCAGCUGACCAGAAUGGAGACGGGCCUCGUCCAGCAAAACGUGCUCGCAAGGCCAUAAACUGCGAGCCUUGCAGGAACAGCAAGCUCAAGUGCGACAGAAACCGUCCAUGCUCAUCGUGUGUCCUUCGUGGGACAUCAGCAAUGUGCUACCAAGACGGUCGAGGUCCAGAGGAGGGAAGUUAUAGUGCUCGCCCUGAAGACAACCAACGCGUCGACCCUGCUCAGGAGAUUGCCCGCCUACGCCACUCAAUAUCACUCCUAGAGUCCUACAUCUAUCCAACUCAGCGACCUUAUACUGCCGUGCGCCGGGCUAGCGAGCUGCCGCCUGUCGUUCUCAAGAAAGAAAUUUUCGAUCUGGACAUCUCAGACAAACUGCAACCUCCUCCAGCGCCAGGCAUGUUGGAGAGUCAUAGUCAUGGCGGAACGUAUACCGGUCCUACCAGUGCAAAAACCCAUCUACUUCCAUUGUCUGACUCGCGAGGAUCGGACGAUUCGGGCAGUCGUCAAGCGAGUCAAGACGCAAGCAGUGACGAAAUGGCUAUGGGCAUGAGCCACGAAUACGACCGCGACCUCCUGGCUACGUUACCCGCGGUCGAUGUCAUCGACGGUCUAAUUGCCUACUACUUCGAGUACUGCAACUGGAUCUAUCGGCACGUGAACCAAACGACCUUCAUGCACCAUUGGGAACGGUACAAGAAUGGUUCUUCCCCCGAUCGCAUUAUUCUCAGUACCGCUUGCGUAAUCAUGGCUCUAGCGACAUACUAUCUGCCUCCCCAACAUCGUCUUCUUGAAAACUACUCUGAGACACCUGAAGAACUUGGCCUCAAGUACUUCGAUGUCUCCACCACAGCUUUGCAACGUCGGCAAGCGGAUGUCAAAACCUACAGUCUGGAACUUAUCGAGCUCCUCUUGAUUCGUUGCCAUUAUAUGACGACCACGAAGCGCGACAGUGAAGAGAUUUGGCACGCCAAGGGCGAAAUAGUAACAAUCGGGACCGCGAUGGGUCUCCAUCGUGAUCCUGGGAAAUGGAGAAUGCAUCGAGAUACUGCAGAACGUCGAAGAUGGGCGUGGUGGCAUAUCGUUCUUCUGGAAAGGCCAGUUUUAGUCUUCGCAUCUUCUUCGGACUUAUGGCAAGCAUUCAUGUUUGGACGGCCAAUUUCAAUCGCGUCUCACCACUUUGACACACAACUGCCGUCAUACUGUGACCCGACAUUGGACAAAACGGGACGUUUGUUUUUGCCUAAUAUCGCCCUUUUCAGGCUUGCUUUCAUUCUUGGCGAUAUUAUGGAUGAUGCAGUGUCUGUUCGCCCAGUCCCUUACGAUAGCGUCCUCGCCAACGAUCGUGCCUUGACUCAGUGGAUGGACAACCUUCCACCAGAACUCGAUCUUGACGAGUACCGCCUAGCACGUAAUCUUGCCUCUCCCAGCCCAGCCACCCGUCGCCUUGGAGUGCAGAGUGUUGUGGUCAGAACAUCAUACUACCACAUCCGCUUCACCCUUCAUCGGCCAUAUGCGAGCACGGGACCGACUUCUUCCAAGAUCAAUGGAGAACUCUCCAAGAGCGCACAAAGCUUGGAGAUCGCAGUUAAUGCGGCGGACAAACUUAUCGCCAUGACCUCGCAGUCUCGACCCGACUUUUUGGCCACCUCCGCAUUCUCUGUCCCUGGCCACAUGAACUGGGGCCCUUUCCACUGCUUCUCGGCAGCCAUGUUCUUUUCGUUCCAGCUCAUCACGAAUCCCGACCAGCCUGGAGCUAGUUUAUUCCGCGCUAGCAUUCGCAAAGCAAUGACGACGCUAGAACAGAAUCGAGGGAUGGCUGUUGCCGACAAAGGAUACAACAUACUGCAUUCCUUGGCUCCCCUCUACUCCGCUGAUUUCCCGGUUCUGCCCCCAGAUGUUCGCGAGAAGGAAAAGGCGAAAAUUCUGAGCGUGGUCCGCAAACUCGCGUUCCCGUAUCAUGACUCGUACAAACUACGACGCUCCAAUGGAGACUCGCCUGGUGCACGUGCCAGCACGACGUCCCCGUCCAACACCAACUCGGCAAGCCCGCCGUUGAUUCUACCCAAUCCUCUACCCCAAUAUGAGCACAACAACAUCUCCUCAGUACGCACAAUGCCCCCACCAAUCUACACCCAGUCAACACACUCGCCGGAAGGUCACAUCCGGUCACCCCAACAAAUGUCGCCUCCGGUAGUCGGGCACGGCCAGCCUGGACCACCCGGUUCAUAUCCAGCGUACAACAUGCCUCCACCCCAGUCGGGCUACACGGAAGCGCCUCGUUAUGCGCAAUACUCUCAUGGCGUUGAUGACGAAGGGUGGGGCGCUGCUAUCGGCUUUGGGCAAGGCGAAUGGACUCAAUUCUUGGACGUGAUCCGUCCUGACCAGGCGCCAAACGGCUCAGGCCCGUCAAAUGCUGUUCUCCCGCCACAGCGACACAUGUCAAAUCCCGAAAUACGUUGA